CCCGCCUCCUGCCUCCACAGCUGGGGCACCCGCCUGCCUCUCCGCACCCGGGCCCCCCACACAGACCUCUCAGCCCUCAGCUCACCCCUGUCCCUGCGGCUGCGGACACCAUGCAGGCCAUCAAAUGCGUGGUGGUGGGAGAUGGAGCCGUGGGCAAGACGUGUCUGCUCAUCAGCUAUACCACCAACGCCUUCCCGGGAGAAUACAUCCCCACCGUGUUUGACAACUAUUCAGCCAAUGUGAUGGUGGACAGCAAGCCGGUGAACCUGGGGCUGUGGGACACGGCUGGCCAGGAGGAUUACGACCGUCUCCGGCCACUCUCCUACCCCCAGACGGAUGUCUUCCUCAUCUGCUUCUCUCUGGUCAGUCCCGCCUCCUACGAGAAUGUCCGAGCCAAGUGGUACCCCGAGGUACGCCACCACUGCCCCAGCACCCCUAUAAUCCUGGUGGGCACCAAGCUGGACCUGCGGGAUGAUAAGGACACCAUCGAGAAGCUGAAAGAGAAGAAGCUGGCCCCCAUCACCUACCCACAGGGCCUGGCGCUGGCCAAGGAGAUCGACUCCGUGAAGUACCUGGAAUGCUCGGCUCUCACCCAGAGGGGCCUGAAGACCGUCUUCGACGAGGCCAUCCGCGCCGUGCUGUGCCCGCAGCCCACGCGGCAGCCCAAGCGCCCCUGCAGCCUCCUCUAGGGGGGGCACCCCGGCCCUGGCACCCACACGGUUCUAUCCUCUGGUCCCCCACCCAAAGCCAGAUGGCGCCGCGGUUGGCCAUGCGGCCCCCUCCCUGUGGUAGCUCUUAGUGUGUGUGGGGGGGGUGCUGAGCUUGAUGAAUUGUCUUCUCCCCACUGCCCAGCCCCCUGGGGUGGGAGAGAGCGGGUUUGCAGACCCUGCAUCUUUUCCCCGCAUGCUUCUACCUUUCCAGGGACUGUAGGGGAGCCCUGGGGCCCAGCAAGGCACCCAUCACCUGGCAGCAAAUGCCCGUGCGACACCCCUCCCAGAGCUUCUAGCCUCAUGGUUCCCGGCUGCAUUCUCACGCCUCCUGGGACUUGGUUCUUGCUCCAGUAACUACUGACCAGCUUUUCUGAACAUUCUCCUUCCCCGGAGUGAAAAAGAGUGGCUGAGAAGCUUGAUCCUCUGGUCUUUUUCUGGAGAGCAUAAUAUAAAACAGAUCAAUUUCUGUAAAUCUCUGUGGUAUCUGCCCAGCCAGCCAAGGGUCUGGGCUCAUGCCCCUCUGCCAUCUCUCAAGGCUUGCUGUGAGUAUGCAGGACCUGAGCUUCGUCUGCCUGAGAGACUCAGAAAUUUCAUACUUGCCAGUCAGGACUUUUGCUAUUGCAAAUAGAAAGCCCAACUCAACCUGCUUAUAUGGAAAAUAAACUUCAUUCAUGUUUGGAACUA